AUGGAUACCGUAUUUGAUAUUUGUUAUUUAUCGUCAGACGGGAAUAACGUCGAGCCUGAUGAUAUUCCUCAGACAAAGGAGAGUGUAUGGAUCUUGGGGAAAAAAUACAGCGCUAUUCAGGAUUUGGACCGCAUCAGACGAGACAUCACUUCUAUAAUUUGGUGUACUUAUAGAAAGGGAUUUAUUCCCAUCGGCGACGAGGGUCUUACGUCUGACAAGGGAUGGGGAUGCAUGCUUCGUUGUGGCCAAAUGGUACUUGGAGUGGCGCUUGUAAGAGUACACCUAUCAGCUGACUGGGUCUGGACCCCAGAGACUAGAGAUCCAACUUACCUGAAGAUAAUUCAAAGGUUUGAAGAAAGAAAGCAAGCGCCCUACUCCAUCCACCAGGUGGCGCUGAUGGGAGCUUCGGAAGGAAAGCAAGUGGGCCAAUGGUUUGGGCCCAAUACUGUUGCACAAGUAUUGAAGAAGCUGACAGUGUAUGACAAGUGGAGCUCCCUUGUGAUUCACGUGGCUUUAGACAAUACUGUUGUUAAGGAGGAUAUAUUACAGCAAUGUGUCGUGAACAACGACAGAGGAGAUUGUUCAGCCGCCCCGGACAGUCUGGUCACUGACUGGAUGCCUCUACUGCUGAUAGUGCCGCUUAGACUCGGACUUAGCGAAAUAAACCCUAUUUAUAUUGAUGGAUUGAAGAUAUGUUUUCAAUGUCCUCAAUCGAUCGGCGUGAUCGGUGGCAAGCCCAACCAAGCUCUGUACCUGGUGGGCUGCGUAGGAGACGAAGUUAUUUACUUAGAUCCCCACACCACACAGAGAUCUGGUUUAGUUGAGACUAAAACGACUGACGAACAAAAAGAAAUGGACUGGUCAUAUCAUUGUAAAUAUGCUUCCCGAAUACCCAUGUUGGCGAUGGACCCGUCCGUUGCUGUGUGCUUCCUGUGCCGAACAAAAAGAGAUUUUGAAGAAUUAUGUGCUACCAUAGAGACUAAACUUAUGUGUGAAAGCCAACCUUUAUUCGAAACAUGCGAGAAAAGACCGGCCCACUGGGGCCCGAUGACUUCUGAUAUAGAUCUACAAAAUACUACAUUAUUUACAGAAUUCGAAGAUGUCGACAGGCAGUUUGACGACUCAGAUGAUGAAUUCGAGAUACUGUGA